AGUGUAUUUAUACUCUUUCGUUUAUUUUUUACUUAAUCAAUGGGAGAACAAAGUAUGAACUAAAAAUACAUUUACUUAAAAAAUCGAAUACUACUACUAUUAUUAGUUGUCGUUCCGUUAAAUAGCUACUAAAAGGUUUCCGCGAGUGCAUGUGCGUCCCGUCAUCCCGUGUGAUGAAAACGGCAGGUAUACGUUCGCUCCCUCUCUCUCACACAGUAGGUUGCGUCUCGCUCGUUGCGUUAGCGCAUUGUUUCGUUCGUGUCAUCGUGUGACGUUUGUCAGUCGUUGUUCAAGUGCGAUAAAGUGCGGUCGCGUCCAGUUCAAAAUAUAUAUUAAGAGUUGUAACACCCCCAAAUUUAAAUAAUUUAAAAUUGCACAAUGGCAUCUUUAGGAAAAAGAGUCAGCGAAUCAGGAAAAAAUAUCGUCUACAUGGUUGAGUCUUACAUGUAUGUAUGUCCAUGUAUGUAUCCCACACUAAAGGGAAAUCUUGGAGUGAUGACAAGAAAAACGGAGUAAAAAAGCCAAUUUCAAAAGGUCAACGUUUGAUAAUAGUUCAUGCGGGUAAUGAAAAAGGCUUUGUACCCGGUGCCUUUUUAACGUAUAAAUCCACGGACACUACAGGUGACUAUCACAAUGAAAUGAAUAGCGAUAACUACGAAAAAUGGCUGGUUAAUCAAUUAAUACCAAAUAUACUCCGUGAUUCUGUUCUAGUUAUCCAUAACGCACCCUAUCACAAUAAAUACACACACCGGCAAUGUGUGUAUGUUGAAAGACCCCCCAACUCGAACACCAUUAAACAGGAAAUGAUCCACUGGUUAAACAGACACCAAAUUCCAGUAGAUCCAAAAUUAACAAAAACCCAGAUUUACGCUAUUAUAUGUCAGCACAAGGAGAGGCAUACAGAGUUUUCCGUGGACAAAGUACUUGCCGAACAUGGGCACACUGUGUUGCGAUUGCCACCAUAUCAUCCGGAUUUUAAUCCAAUAGAAAAUAUAUGGUCUCAACUGAAAGGCUAUGUAGCCUCUAGAAAUGUGGGUAUGAAUUUAACUACAGUAAAAACAUUAUUGACUGAAAAAGUAAACAUGAUCGGGGCUGAAGAUUGGAAAAAGGUUUGCGAUCAUGCAAUCAAAUGUGAGAAUGAAUAUAGAAGCAUUCAACACGGUUUAGACAAUUACACUGAUAGACUAGUGUUAAAUACGGCUGACAGUGACAGUGAUAAUGAUCUCUUUGAGAGCACAGAUAGUGAAAUGGAAGUAAUUGAGAAUUAGAAUUAUUAUUUUUUUUAUUACAAUGUCUCAUUUUAACAAUAUGAUUAAUGUUGUUUAUUAUGUACACUACAGCUGUAAUUUUCCAAAAUAAUUAAAUACGAAAACAUAAUGGGAACAUGUUUUUUUUUUUAUUUUAUUUUACCCCAACCUAAAGCCAUCACUAUAGAAAAAUUGGCGUAUUUUAUACAAAUAAUAAUUAUCAAAAGCAGCAAAUCAUAAUUGUUUUAUACCGGACUGUUUGUAUUUCGUGCGAGAGAGAUAGCGCUCUACGAAGCCGAAAUUAGCCGAUUGUCUCUUUCCAAAGGUCGAUGUGCAAUAUUUAUUGCCGGUCCCUGUACGUGUCCAAAUGGGUUGACAAAAGACCUGUACAAAUGAUUACCACCCUAAACCAUCCUAAAAUAAUCAAUGAUCAUAACAGACACGGUCAACCUAAAUCUAAACCGCUGGAAGUCUCGAUUUAUAAUAAGUAUAUGUCAGGUAUUACCGUUCCGACCAAAUGGUCUCAUACUAUUCAUCUCCCAGUAAGACAGUAAGGUGGUAUAAAAAAGUACUUUUCCAUAUACUAGACCUAGCAGUUUGGAACAGCUUUUAUAUUUAUAAAAAAUAUCGUAAAGGUAAUGCUAAGAGUUAUGAAUUUAUAGACUUUCGAGAGGAUUUAAUCAUAAGACUCUUAAAAUUAGAUCCAGCCCUAAAACCAGACAAAUUAAUAAAACAUCGUAAAUAUGAUAAUCGACAGAAAGCAAGAAAAGAAUCUGUACCCACCUCGAAUGAAGAAACAUCUUUUCCGACUGGUCACUGGCCUGAAAAGAUACCUAAGAAAAUCUCUUCUAAUAAGAAUACAUUUUUGAAAUGCAAGAUGUGUACUAAGAACAAGACACGAAAAGAAACUAGCUACAGGUGCAAAGGCUGCCUAGACAAGCCAGCUUUAUGCCCUUCAUGUUUUGAAGAGUGGCAUACCAAACAGCCACAAACCUAUAGUCUAUAUCUACUUACUUUACAUUCCUAAGAUUAUCUUGUUUGUUAAUGAUUAAUAAAUAGGUACAUGUACAAUUAAGGCUGAUUAAAAAGAAAAAAAGAUUUUGGGUUCGUAUAAAUAAGAAUGUUAAGAGUUUUUGAUUAAACUUAUGUUCCUAUACAUAUAUCCAGUUGUAUCAUUACAAUUCCCUUAGUUUAAGUUGAAGCCUAUGAACGUUGUGUCUUUUAGUAUGGUAUGUCAGACAUACGUGGUGGCGGCAGCGUAUAUAGACGUCUGACGUGAAAUAACGUUCUUUAGA